AUGCCAAAAGGUUCUAAAGAAGGCACAAAGUUGCGUGUGAGAAACAAAUCAACGAAGAAAAACCUUUUCAAAGGGAAACGUUUCGCUGAUUUGCGCAAAGAUGGCGAAAAUAAUGGCUCUCAAUCUGCCAGCCAACAAAACGCAAUUACUCAAGAUCGAGUGAUAAAUAACGAAGAUUUGGUUACUGUAAAGUCAACAUCGGCACGAAAACUGGAGAAUGCUAGUUCUGAACUACCCCAAACUCCCGAAUUUACAAGACAGAAUUCACAAGAGGAAAAAGACGGAUACCGGAUUGUUUAUAUUGAGAACAUACGGAAAGCUGUUGAAAUGAUGCACAAAUGUAAGAAUGGGACAAUCAUAACUUGUGAAGAUGCUUCAAAACGUGCUGGAUUGAGCAGCAGCUACUAUUUUGAAUGCACCAAAUGUAGACAGAGAGUGGACAUGGAUACUUCGAAGCCAGUCGAGGGAAAAGCUCGUUCUUUUCAUGUUAAUCGGAGAACGAAUUUUGCCAUGGGUGAGUUGGGCUUAGGCAGAGAGGCUCUUGCAACCAUUUGCGAAAUUUUAAAUAUGCCACCCCCAGUAAGUGAUAGUGCUUAUCAAAAACACAAUCGCUCGGUGAACUUAGCAACACGAAAAGUUUUGGAAGAAAGGUUGAACGAUGCCGGCCAUCGAGUACGCACAUUCCUGCAGAAGGAUGAUGCAGAAAUUCUUGAUGUUGCCGUGUCAUUUGAUGGUACAUGGAGCAAAAGGGGCUUCACGGCCAACUAUGGAGUUGGAAUUGUCAUUUCUGCUGAUACUGGGGAGGUCUUGGACUAUGUUGUUUUAUCAAAGGUCUGUGAACUUUGCAAAGCUGCAGAGAAACGCAAAAGCAAUCCCGAGAAAUACCAAGAGUGGAAAGAUGCUCAUGUGGCCAGUGCCAAAAGAAUUAUAAUGGUUCUAGUCCUGCUAUGGAAAAAGAAGCAGCCAGAAUUUUGUGGAGUAGAUCUGUCGAGAAGCACAAGUUCCGGUAUAUUGAUAUGGUAUGUGAUGGUGAUAGCAAGGCAUAUGGAGAAGUGUGGGAUAUAUAUGGGGUUUGUGAUGAUUGUGAGAAAUAUGAAAAUAUGGACAAACAGUCAGCAGAGUACCAAAAGUGGUUGAAAUCGAAAGCACAUGCUAAUUGGGAGAGAGAACAUAGCACAAGCAAUGAAAAUUGCCAUCGGGUUAGCAAGCUUGAUUGUGUCGGACAUGUGCAGAAGCAUAUGGGCAAAAACCUGAUAGCUCUGUCUGGAAAGUCAAAGCUCGCAGAUGGUAAACCGGUGGGAGGAAGAGCAGGAAGACUCACCAGGCCUAUGAUUGACAAACUGCAGAAAUAUUAUGGCAAUGCCAUUAGACGGUGCGUGGACAAAAAAGCGAAAAGUAAACAAGAAGUGGAGGAUGCAGUAAAGAGAAUGCAAUGUGCGAUAAAAGGAGUAUUGUACCACAGCGUGAAGAUUGUGGAUGAAAAGAAGAGGCAUCAGUACUGUCCUGAUGGAGAAAGUUCCUGGUGUUCAUUCAAGAGAGACAAAGCAGUAGGAACCAAUACUCCUUUUCUCGACAAGUCACACCAUCUGGAUCCAGUCUUUUUAGAAUUUUUAAUACCGUUAUUCGACCGACUUAGUGAGAAGAAGCUGCUGAAAAGGUGCUUACCAGGGCUCUCACAGAAUGCUAAUGAGUCUGUCAACUCACUUGUGUGGAACAGAUGCCCUAAACAUAGGAACAGAGGGAUAAAAUCUGUUGAGACAGCAGCUGCCUCUGCAAUCAUGCAAUUCAACAUUGGUGCGGCUGGUCGACAUGGCGUCAUGAAAGAGUUGGAGAUCUCUGGUGGUUACUAUACAAAAGCUGGAA